UUUGGGGGGCGGGGCUGGAGGCGGGGCCAGGACGGGGCCAACUGGGAGCGGAAGAGUCCGAGUUCUUCUCCAGGGCCGCCGGCCGCCGCAGUUUUCGCCAAGUCCUGUGAUCUGAGCAAGUCAUGUUGCCCAACACCGGCCCCAGAUGGCCUCGAACUCAAGAAAGCUAGCGGGAUGUACGAUUUUUGUCACUGGUGCAAGCCGCGGCAUUGGCAAAGCCAUUGCCUUGAAAGCUGCAAAGGAUGGAGCAAAUAUUGUCAUUGCUGCAAAGACUGCCCAGUCACACCCCAAACUUCCAGGCACCAUCUUUACUGCCGCUGAAGAGAUUGAAGCAGCUGGAGGAAAAGCCUUGCCAUGUAUUGUGGAUGUGAGAGAUGAACAGCAAAUCAACAGUGCAGUGGAGAAAGCAGUCGAGAAAUUUGGAGGAAUUGACAUUUUGGUGAACAAUGCCAGUGCCAUUAGCUUGACCAACACAAUGGAAACACCUACGAAGAAGGUGGAUUUGAUGAUGAGCGUAAACACCAGAGGCACCUACCUUACAUCUAAAGCAUGUGUUCCUUUUUUGAAAAAGAGUAAAGUUGCUCACAUCCUCAAUCUCAGCCCACCACUGAAUUUAAAUCCAGUGUGGUUCAAGCAGCACUGUGCUUAUACCAUUGCUAAGUAUGGUAUGUCUAUGUGUGUGCUGGGAAUGGCAGAAGAAUUUAAAGAUGAAAUUGCAGUCAAUGCCUUAUGGCCUAAAACAGCUAUACACACCGCUGCUAUGGACAUGUUGGGAGGAUCAGGUAUUGAAAGCCAAUGUAGGAAAGUCGAGAUAAUGGCAGAUGCUGCAUAUUCCAUUUUUAAAAAGCCAAAAACAUUUACUGGCAAUUUUAUUAUUGAUGAAAAUAUCUUAAAAGAAGAAGGAAUAAAAAAUUUUGAUGUCUACGCAAUUAAACCAGGCCAACCUCUGAUGCCAGAUUUCUUCUUAGAUGAAUUCCCAGAGGCAGUUACGAAGAUAAGGGAAUCACAGGGUGCUGUUCCAGAAUUAAAAGAAGAAAAAUUACAUCCACAAGCAAAGCCACAUUCUGGAGCUGUGGAAGAAACAUUUAGAAUUGUUAAGGACGCUCUCAGUGAUGAUGUCGUUAAAGCCACGCAAGCCAUUUAUCAGUUUGAACUGUCAGGUGAAGACGGUGGCACGUGGUUUCUUGAUCUGAAAAGCAAGGGUGGGAAUGUCGGACACGGGGAGCCCUCUAACCGCGCAGAUGUGGUGAUGAGUAUGUCCACUGAUGAUUUUGUCAAAAUGUUUUCAGGGAAACUAAAACCAACAAUGGCAUUCAUGUCAGGAAAAUUGAAGAUUAAAGGAAACAUGGCCCUAGCAAUCAAAUUGGAGAAGUUAAUGAAUCAGAUGCAUUCCAGACUGUGAAGGAAAAGAAACAAAAAUGUGGACUGCUGUGCUAAAAAAGUAAAAAAGCUCAACAGUUAAAAUGUAACAUUUGUUGUCUUCCCUAUUGUAUUAUAGGAUAUGCAUGUUUAUUCUAAAAAAAUAGAUUUUCUGUAUCUGUAAGACUUGAAGUUGUAAUUAAAA